CCGCCUUAAAGGGGGGCGCGGCGCGCGGCCGACACCGGAGACGGGCGGGCGGGCGAGCGGGAGGGAGGGCGCCACGCGCGCUGCCAACCGCCGCCCUCAACGAUCGCUGUCGUCGUCCCCCCUCCACCACACACACACACACCCGCACCCCCGCAUGGGCUCUCGCUGAGGCGGCGUCGCCAUGAGCCUGCCGCGGGCCGCCGAGUGGGCUGAAGGCGGCCGGGACACGGUGUCGGUGUCGGUGGAGCCGCUGCUGGGGCUGGGAGCGGGGCUGGAGCCGCCCGGCUGCGGCUUCGCCCCCGGCUGGCUGGGCGUGUGCUGCGCCGCCCGCCUGGCCGCCUCGCCGCGCUGCCCGCGGGGCGACGACGACGAGGAGGAGGAGGAGGACGAGGAGGCGGCGGUGGCAGCGGCGGGGCGGCCGCGGGGAGCCGCAGCCACAGCGGGGCUGGAGGGCAGCGGCCCCGGCGGGGCGCGGGGGGCGGCGGGCGGCGGCAGGGCGCGGGGUGGUGGAGGCGGAGGUGGAGGUGCAGGGGGUGGAGGUGGCGGUGCCCGCCCGCAGGUGAGCGGCGUGCAGAAGCAGCGGCGGCUGGCGGCCAACGCGCGGGAGCGGCGGCGGAUGCACGGGCUGAACCACGCCUUCGACCAGCUGCGCAAUGUCAUCCCCUCCUUCAACAACGACAAGAAGCUCUCCAAGUACGAGACGCUGCAGAUGGCGCAGAUCUACAUCAGCGCCCUGGCCGAGCUGCUGCACGGCCCCGCCGCGGCCGCCACGGCCACGGCCGCUGCUGCGGAGCCGCCGCCGGGCAAAGCCGAGCCCCGCGGGGCCCCCUUCGAGCCGCCCUGCGCCGCGGACGGGGCUGCGCUGCCGGGGCCGCCGCCGGCCGGGCCGCCCCCCCUCGGGCACGGGCACGGGCACGGGCACGGCAGGACUCGCUUCCCCCCGCCGCCGGCCGCGGGGGGCUUCCCGGUGCCGCUGGACCCGCUGCGCUUCCCGUCCUUCCCGGAGGGCGCCCUGCUGGGACCCAAAGCGCCGUCGCCCGCGCUCCUCGUGCCGCAGCCCGGCCACCACCCGCAGCACCCGCAGCACCAGCACCAGCAGCAGCAGGAGCGGAGCAAGGCGUCGCCGCGCUCCCACCGCAGCGACGGGGAGUUCUCGCCCCGCUCGCACUACAGUGACUCGGACGAGGCCAGCUAGGGCGCUGCCGCCCGCCCCAGCACGGACUUGGCCGCCGGCGGCCCCUCGGGGCGCCCCGGGAAGGGCUCCUCUUGGGCGGCUCAGCCGCCCCGUCCGCGUUUGUACCUUCCUCCCGAUGUGUAGCUGCCGCCCCUAGAGCUCCCCGUGCCCAGAAGCCGCCGCCGGCCCUCCCGCAGCGACCCCCGGCACCCCGCAUGCGGGCCCGUCCCGCGCUGAGCGGGGGCAGGCGGCUUCCCCUGCCCGCCGUCGGGGGGAUCCCGGCGCAAGCACUUUAAUCCUGCGGCUGCCAGGGGACAGCUCCGGCCGGCCGCUGCGCCCCAGCGCGCUCGCCGAGAAACGAAAAACGGUCCUGUCGUGUCAAACUCCCGUGCCCCGUUUUAUUUUGCUUUUUGUGGUAUUAGGAAACUUAUUUAUUACGGAGUGUUUGCUACUGUUUCUGCCUUUUUGUUGUUUUUUU